CUUGGUGAUGAUCUUAAAGAUUUUUACACUCAAACAAUCACAUCUGAAGGUCUGACCUGCAUUUCACACUGCGAUCAAUCAUCUAAAAAAUACGUAGACUGUAACAGUGGUCAAUGUGUGAUACAGAACCAGACAGGUGUACAGUGCUUUUGUCCAAGGACAGAUCUCUACAUGUACAGAGGCUCUAGGUGCACAGGAAAAAUACUAAAGUCGGGGCUCUAUGGAGGCAUCGGAGCAGCCAUUGGUGUCCUCGCAAUUAUUGUUGCCACUGUGGCAUUCCUCUUAUUCAAAUCAAAGAAGAAGACAAAUUGGGAUACGUACAGCAGUGAUGACAAUGAUUUAUGGUACGAGGACAUAGAACAAGAAUGGAAUGCUGACCGUGGAAUAACCAACCUGGGCUCGCAGGGAGACUAUAUUGAGGACGGAUCAUCUGGAAGCAGUCAGUCCAAAAAGGAGAAGUUCAGGCCUAGACUGGAAAAUGUAGACACAACGGUUGAGAUUAAAAUCCAGAGGCCUGAAGUCUCUAUUGCAUAAUAUAUCAACACAACUAACAAGAAAUUACAGAGGACCAUUUGGGAAGAAUGGUUCAAUAAAGCAAGAAAACCCAAAUACGCAUCACCAUGAACUGGAGGACCUAGAAAACAAUAGCAGGUUGUGGUAUCAGAUGCCUUAGAAAUUAGUAAAGCCACAACUGUCUUCUCUACUUCUUUGCCAAUUAAAGGAUGGACAAUCCAACCAGAUCUACCUACAACUGAAAAACUGUUUGGAAAAUGUAUAAAACCCUAUAAUGUGUGUAAAAGUCUAACAUUUUUGAAUAUGGCUCAUUUUGUGAAAACAAUUUGGACAUUUGUCACUUUUGUGAUACAAUUUAGAAACAACUCAGUAGAGAGUGCA